AUGUUUACUGGGGGAGAAUUCAGAUCGUUUGCUGAAGAUUUCAGAAUCAAGCAGAUCAACUCAACUCCUUACUACCCUCAGGCCAACGAUCAGGCCGAGGUAAACAACAAGGUCAUCAUCAACAUGCUGGAGAAGAUGAUGGAUGAUAAUCCUAGAGUGUGGCACAAGAUUCUCCCAGAAGUCCUGUGGGCAUACAGAACGAUAAAACGGUCAAGUACUGGCACAAGUCCAUUUCAUUUGACUUAUGGACAUGAUGCUAUACUUCUAAUGGAGAUUGUCAUUCCUUCUCUAAGGGUGGCAAGACAAAACAGCUUGAUUGCAGAGGAUUAUUCAAAGGCAAUGGUGAUGGAAUUGGAGCAGGUAGAAGAAUACCGCAUUCAGGCUUUCAAUAGAAUGCUGGUCCAGAAGAAGAAGAUUGUUAGGGCUUACAAUAAAUGUGUAAAAAAUAAGAUCUUUCAUGAAGGUAAGUUAGUAUGGAAGGCUAUCUUACCAUUUGCUAUCAAAGACCGAGAGUUCGAUAAAUGGUCACCUAAUUAG